CGCGACUUCCCAAAUUAUCAAUCCAGUGCAUUCAUGGCGAAGUAAGAAGCACUCCACCACAUGCAUCUUCAAACCUUACUCAUAUGCUUUUUCAAAUUAUAUUCGGUUUUUAAUAUUUAGCUUUUACAUCUUUUUUCGAAACCCCAUACGAUUAGGAUCCGCUCUACCAUCCUCUUGAAUAAUGACCGAACAUUACUUAUCCAAUUAACUUUUCUCCCUACAUGUUACGGCCAUUAUUACCAUAAUCGAUGGUGCCUAUUAGCACCGUCAUCAUGGGUGACAAUGGUGACAAUACCGACAUAAACAGCAAGAAAUUGCACCCAUUCUUCGCAGUAAAUCACCCUUCACAAGAUAACUCAUCGAAUACCAUAACGCCUGUCACGCCAGAUCCCUCAUGCAGCCCCGACUCCGUCGAUAACGAUACCAACGAUGCCAACCCUAGUCCACCGUCAGAUAGACGCAAGAGGAAGCGCGGUGAGGCAGACGACACGCAAGAUAUAGCACCUCAAGCUCCCGAUUCCAAGCCACAAAAAGUAUUGAAACUCAACCGCUCAACCGGAACGAUUGGCUCCCCUCCAAAAUUACAACCUACUAAGAACAAGAAUACGAGACGCGGUCGAAAACCCAAAGCUUUCAUUGCUUUAAUGCGUUACGGUCAGGAUAAAGCUUCUCGGUUAAGAAUAGGCAACCGGAUCAAUGAAAUACUUGCUAGCACACAAGUGAAAGGUACCUCUUGUGCUUUCCCGAAUACGCCGCCCUCAGGUCGAGAUAAUGAUGAACGGUUUAAUGAUGCGCGAGAGGUGGCUAAACAAGGGAAGAAGAAAUCUAAAAACUGCGCAGCAAAAGAGACGGUAGUAACAGGGCAAGCAUCUAAUAAGCCUACGCACCCAUUCUUCCAAGGAAAAGCGAAGCCCGACACCGUCGCUGAAGAGAAGCCGAAAGCAUCGGCACCUAAGAGGAAGGUGUUCUUUAGCUCAACUCCUGGGUCAUCCAAAACCCCUCGACUAGCAAUAACCCCCAAGUUCAACCCCCCAGCUCUAGGUGCAAAUUCCAAUAUUUUAAGAGUACCCGGCGCCAAACACCCAGCCUGGCCAUCGAAAGAGACAGCUCAUGUGCGAGGCGAUAUACCGGCCCCUCUUGGCCUAGACGAAAGUUCUCACUCAGAACACCUCAUACGAAGGCGUAGGGCGAAAGGACAACAAGUUCGGGUGGCCGAAUCGGAAUCUAUCUUGCGCCAUGCCGCUCUGCAGCUAAAUUUGAAUAAGUUAACCGAAGAAAUGAAAGCUUACGACAAUGACGAAUUUCAACCUCCACCUCCUAUCUUACGGAUUCCUAGCAGAUACUUCGAAAGUGGCAAGAAACUUCAGGCGCGCAUUUCUGGUGAAUUAAGGACUCUUCGUCAAAGCGGCAAUACACCGAAAACACAUCCAGCAAUCACGCAUGCAUUCAAUUCUAUCGCGAAUGGCCUAUCUGCUUUUGAUAGAACAACGUGCGAAACGAGCGCUUGGACACAGAAAUAUGCGCCCUCAUCUGCAGAACGUGUACUCCAGAACGGUCGUGAAGCCGAGUUACUACGUGAUUGGCUAGAAAACCUCAAGGUGCAAGCGGUAGACACGGGAACAGUCGACCCAGGAACCAAACCCAAAAGCAGUGCCCCGGCAAAGGGCAAGAGUAAGCGAAAGAAGAAGUUGGACGGGUUUAUCAUUUCCAGCGAUGAGGAAGGAUAUGAGUUAGACGAGUUAUCCGAUGUAGAAGGAGAUUGGUCAUCAGGAAACCAUCAAGGCAGCGCGAAAAAGACGGUGGUACGAUCUUCUUCCAGGCGAACCUCCGGAGAAGGCCGUCGUUUUGCCAAUGCUGUUGUUCUCAGUGGCCCACAUGGCUGCGGCAAAACCGCUGCUGUCUACGCUAUCGCUAAAGAGAUGGAUUUUGAAGUUUUCGAGAUCAACUCAGGGUCGCGAAGGAACGGCAAAGACAUCUUAGAGAAAGUUGGGGAUAUGACACGGAAUCAUCUCGUCCAACAUCACAACAAGGAGAAAGCGCCACAAGAUGGUGUGAUACCUGAGGAUGAAGUGAAUCAAGAUAUCAAAUCUGGCAAGCAAGGUAUGAUGACAGCUUUCUUCAAGCCGACACCAACUACUGCCGAAAAGCCUUCCAAGAAAUCAACAGAACCGCCCAACGCAAAGGACCCGAAAAAACCGACCAAGGCUCAGAAGCAGUCGUUAAUUCUACUCGAAGAAGUCGAUGUGCUCUAUGAAGAAGACAAGCAGUUCUGGGCGACAGUCAUUUCCAUGAUCUCCCAGUCAAAACGUCCUUUCGUUAUGACUUGCAACGAAGAGGCUUUGGUUCCUUUGCAGAACCUGAAUCUACAUGGUAUUUUCCGGUUUUCCAGCCCACCCAGGGAACUCGCCGUCGACUUGUUGCUUUCAAUUGCUGCGAAUGAGGGCCAUGCUCUCCGAAGACACGCCAUUGACACGCUAUACGACUCACGCGGCCAGGAUCUUCGUGCUUCCAUCGCUGAACUGAAUUAUUGGUGCCAAAUUGGAGUUGGAGAUAUACAGGGCGGAUUUAACUGGUUUUACCCUAGGUGGCCUAAGGGUAAAGAUGUUGACGAAGACGGCAACACUAUCCGAGUCGUCAGCCAGGAUACAUACCAGACAGGUAUGGGUUGGCUCAGUAGAGACUCUGCUGUCGACGGUUCGUCGUUUCGCUCAUCUCAAGAGGAAUUGUAUCAGCAACUUUGCGAAAACUGGUCUCUCGAUACGUACGAACCACUUCCAAGCAAUGACUCUUCUUACAAGGCAAAAAUGGCUACUGCACAAUACUCUGCCAGCGAUCGGCUUCGCCUCUUAGAUUCAAUUGAUUCAUUUGCCAGUUUCAUGAGCGACGCGGACAUCGACUUGGCCAAUUCCUCAGCCACGCCCAAUCAAAUUUCCAUGGAUCCUUCUAUUCCCAAUUUGCCAGCAAAGGCGAAGGAGGAUUUCGCGGCUGGUCGGCAACUCCUUGAGGUAUCCCCUCUAGUUCGAUACGACACAACACGUUUCGAUAUAUCUACUGCAAUCAAAGAUCUUAGCACGGAACAGUUUAGAAGUGGCCAAUCCAUUGACGAAGCCAUAGACGCUUUCAAACCGCUAGAUGAAAUUGAGGCUACUGCCAGGCUAGAGAGUCAUUUUAGCGGAUCCUCUACCAUAGAGCCAGCAAUUGUUCGAUUGGACUAUAGCUUGGCAUUCGAUCCUAUCGCUGUGUCGGAGAAGACUAUGGCUGCAGGUUAUCUAGAUCCUUCGGUGUUUGACGGGACUAUGAGAACGAUUACCCUCGACAUAGCUCCUUAUAUACGUAGCGUCGUGGCAUAUGAUCAACGACUUCAGCAAAAUAGACUUUCCCGUAGCAGUCUAUUGAGUGAGGGCGGUCAGCCUGGGAAGAAGCGUAUACGAACAACGAGAAGCGCCUACUCAGCUCUCGAAGGUAACUCACGAGCUAGCACGAGGCGAGAGCGAUACUUUACGGCAGAUAUCAAUCCAUACCUUGUGUUGCGAACAGGAGGUAAAGGGUGGGAUACCAUUGCCGCAUCAAUUGCCGGCGAGCAAAACGCCAUAAGCAAUGGUACGGGGAGUCCCGGUGGGGAGUCCGAGGAGAACAUGGGUAACACUGAUCAAAAUCAAGCCCAGACCGGAGAUAUCGGCUUUGCUUGAAAGAUGUAUAUAUACUUAAUGCUUUUUAGCUUCGCUUUGCAUCCUGCAUUCAAUGCAUUACAUUGGGGGGGGCACUUGAGAGCAUCGCACGGCGUUACAUUUUCGGAAGGGGGGGGCUGGCUUACGUGGGGGAUUUGCAACGGUGGCUAUCAUCCAUCAUACAUCAAAUGCAUAUGGGAUCGUAGAUGAAACGAAUUUUAGAAGCUACAAUGAUCAUUUUGCUCAUCUAGCCUUCAGAGCACUUCUGAAUCUAGCAGCAUGAAUUAUUACCAUAAGUGAAUUUCUAUUACUUGAA